CAGGUUUCAAUGGUAUCAAGGCUGAAGCAACAAAUUUUUUUCCACUUGCUUGGAUAUUGCGUUGAUGGAAACUCCUGUAUUCUUGCUUAUGAAUUUACAUCUAAUGGGUCUCUUCAUGUCAUUUUACAUGGCAGAUAGGGGGUUACAGGAGCACAACCUGGUCCAAUUUUGACAUGGGCACAGAGAGUAAAAAUUGUUGAUGGGGCUGCAAGAGGGCUUGAAUGCAUGAGAAAGCUGAUCUCCAUAUUAUUCACCGGGACAUCAAGUCAAGCAAUGUGCUGAUCUUUAAUGAUAAUUUUGCUAAAAUUGCAGAUUUUGAUUUGUCAAAUCAGGCUCCAGACAUGGCUACACGUCUUCAUUCCACCCGUGUCCUUGGAACCUUUGGUUACCAUGCACCAGAAUAUGCAACGACUGGACAACUGAAUGCUAAGAGUGAUGUAUACAGUUUUGGUGUUGUCCUUCUGGAACUUUUGACCGGUAUAAUUUUAUAUAUUUUUCAAAUGAUAGGUAAAUUCAGGAACCUACCUAUUGUGGAAAAUGGUGAAGUCAUUGCCAUACUGGAUAUGACCAGAUGUCUUUAUGAUGCCAUAUCUAGGAUGGAGAAGGCUUCCGAGCAGGCGAGUGCCAUUGUUGCUGCAGUUGAAGGCGCGAAACGCCAUCGGGGUAACAAUGCAUCAGGUUUGUUUAUCAUUAUAUUUUCAUACGCUUCUUACAGUAUUAAACUAGUGAUUGUAUUUGAAUUUGUAAAUUGCAUCCACAUUCAUGCACGUCUUUUUAAUGUUUAUACAGUUGUUUGUACUACUGUUGAAUUCUGAAGUGAGUCCUCUAUUCGCUUAAUCAAUCAAUUGUAUGGUUAAUUACUCCCUAAACUUGGUAUUAUUGUUUUUGGACAUUCCUCACCUGCAACUUGUAAUUUUCUUAAAAAGUUAUUGAUUUAUAUUCUUGUUUUGGGGACAUGACAUUUUUAUCUAAUGGACCGUUCUUUUUGGAA